GUGGGUCUCCUUUUCUAGGGUUUGUUUCCUUUUCCCUCUCUCUCUUUUUCUGUUUAUAAUGUUAUCUCUCUUCGUUUUAUAUUUGUAAAUCGUAAUUUUCAAUACCCUCUGGUCUGUUAAUUGUUUACAGUACACCAUGGAUUGAAGGCCAGUCAACCAAUACAAACAACGGGCGACCCAACCUCUCUGUCUCUUCUCCCACUGUUCCAUCAAAAAACGACGACGCUUCAAUCUCUCUGUUGUUUCAGUUGAUCAUCCGUGAAAUUUCUGGCUCUAUUGGAUUUGUUUUAGCCUUUUUUUCUUUGAUCGAAAUUAUCUGGGUGUAAGCUACUUUUUUCUGGGUUUCGUUUGAUUCUUUUGAACAUGGCGUCCAUUGAAGAUGAUCACCAAACUCUUGAACCUGACGACGACGGAGACAGCAACACGAACAAUAGCAAGGGAUUACCGGUUGAUCCAUUACUGAAUAACCCACAGGAAUUUACUAUCUCUCCGGUGGAGCGGUUGGCGGAGACUGUGGCGGAGGACCCAGAACCACCGUCUCAUAUUGUCCCUCUUUUGAAGGAAGAACCCACAGACAAUGACCUGGAGGGUUCAAUACCGGUUGGAGUGACUGCAAUGCGUAUGCAAGUUCAACCAAUUGGAAGAUCAAUGGUGGUUGUUCAACCACCAAAAAGAGCUUCAAAGGAUCGCCACACGAAAGUCGAAGGACGUGGCCGGAGAAUCCGGAUGCCGGCGACUUGUGCGGCGAGGAUCUUCCAAUUAACCAGAGAGCUUGGCCAUAAGUCCGACGGAGAAACUAUUCGGUGGCUUCUCGAACGCGCCGAGCCAGCUAUCAUUGAAGCCACCGGGACCGGCACCGUCCCUGCUAUUGCUGUCUCCGUCAACGGAACCCUGAAGAUUCCGUCGACGCCAACAGCCACAAUCGCUGCCACAGAAGACAACUCCACGAAGAAGAAAAGAAAGAGGGCUUGUAAUAGUGAGUUCUACGAUGUGAACGACCCUGUUUCUGCUUCCAUGGCGCCGGUGGCACCUAUUACGGCUCAAGGGCUUGUGCCAAUAUGGACGGUCGGCGCCGGGACCGGAAUGGUCGCUUCGAACGCAGUGCCUGGUGGUGCAUUUUUCAUGAUUCCACCGGCGGGAGCUACCAUCGCGGGACCUUCUAACCAGCCUCAGAUAUGGGCAAUUCCGGCUACGGCUACGCCGGUUUUCAAUGUUUCAGGGAGACCCAUAUCGAAUUUUGUGUCCGCAAUGCAACCUGGGGUUAGUUACGGCGGUUCAGGUCAAACCCCGGCGCCGGCGUUGCCGGUUUCGACCCGUGCAAGUGGGGAGAAAUCUGGGAAGAUGUCAACAAUGGCUCCGAGUUCAAGUUCUACUACUACAACUAGCACCACUACUACUACUCAGAUGCUUAGAGAUUUUUCUUUGGAGAUUUACGAUAAGAGAGAGCUUCAGUUUAUGGUUAGCUCUGUGAAUGACCAAACACCAUCUUCAAAACCUUGAGGAAUUAAUAGAAAACAAGGUUAGGGUUUUAAGAUCACACACAGUUUCUUUGGAAUUUUUACCUGUGUUUCUGGUUAGUACUAAUAUGGGUUGUUCAAAGCUCCCUAGGUUUGCCCUUUCACAACUCUUUUCUCUCUAGUUUUUGUUUCGUAAAUUGACUUAAUGUUAUUAGGACAAUCACUUUUCAUUCGGA